CUUUGCAACUUUUCGUCGUACGGAGGCUCCUUUAUAGCGGCGGACGUGCAACCUAUCCGCAGUCUCUUCAGGACACUCACAGCAGAAGAAAUGCUGAGACUGGCGUUGGUGACGGUGUUGUGGGGGACGUUGGUGGCUACCCAUCCCCAGUAUGGACCUCCUGUUGAACAACUUGAGCAGGUAGCUGGAGCGCCCGUUGCCCCAACAGGGGACGAGAAGGAGGAUUAUUGGUGGCGUCAGGAGGGUGUCUUUACCAAUACUGGCAAGCAUCCAGCGACAGCGACGGGCGGUGCCGCAUUCACGCCCCAGCAGUCGCAGCUCUGCGGAGCAGGCUCCGAUUGCGUGCCUUGGGGUACCUGCAUUGACGGAUACAUAGACACUUCGGGGGCCGGUCAGAUCGACCUCAGGAAACCCGGCACUAAGCCGCCUGCUUCUCUUGGCUAUACGGAGUGUGGCGCCCUGGGCAACGUUUGCUGCCUGCUACCUGGCGGUAGCGGAAUUAUCUCUGGCGGGGGCGGUAUUGUCUCUGGCGGUGGCGGUAUUGUCUCUGGCGGUGGCGGUAUUGUCUCUGGCGGUGGCGGUAUUGUCUCUGGCGGUGGCGGAGGCGAUGGACAUGGAGGGAAGCAAACUGGGCCACCAUACCCCGCCUGUUCUGCUGGGCUUUUGUGCAUCGAAGAAAACCUAUGCAAUCUCUUCACAGGGUUCAUUGGACCGCGUAUCCCGUUGUUUGAAGGACAGAAAUUUAUUGAUUACAAGCACUGCACGACGGGCUCCCUGGCCGUUGGCGUGUGUUGCCAAGAGGAGUCUGAGGGCGGGAUAGGAAAAGGUGGUGGCACCGGCGGUGGUGGCAUCGGCGGUGGUGGCAUCGGCGGUGGUGGCAUCGGCGAUGGUGGCAUCGGCGUGUGGUGCAUCGGUGGUGGCAUCGGUAGUGGUGGUGGUGGCAUCGGUGGUGUUGGUGGCAUUGGAGGUGGCGGUUCAGCAGCCCUAUUGACGGGAUGUUCGGUGCACGAGGAUUGUGUGGCUGCCAUCCAGUGCCACAACGGCGUCAUCAACACUGGCGGCGAAGGUCUCAUCGACCUCCGGAAGAAACCCGACUACAGGAAAUGCCACAACGCCGAGUACCCCGAAGUGGAAUCUGUGUGUUGCCGCUUGCCUGACGCCCCGCCCGUCGCCAAGUCCUGUCCCGACUUCUCCAUUUGCACGGACCGCGACUAUUGCGACCUCAACGGCUUCAUCGUGACAAACUCCAUCAAGGGUUCCUUCUACGGAGGCACGGACUGCUACACGAAUGCUGCGGUCAGCCUUAAUGUGGGAGUGUGCUGCAAGCCUGCACCUGCAAGAUCCAUCACCUGCCCCGCCAACUCCGUGUGCAUCCCUGAAGAUUUCUGCUUCGGCGACAUCCUCGAGAGCGCAGGCUCUUUCACCGCUUAUUCUCCUGGCGGAACUUGGUCGGCUUGCGGUCUGCCCGACAAUAGUGGCUCCGGAGUUUGCUGUAGUAAUCCACCACCGGACAUUGGUCCCAUUCCUCAGCAGUGUGGUGUGAGCCGUUACGGAACGCAGGAUGACAGCCUCAAGACCCGGAUUCACGUUCCCAAGCUCGACAAGCUUGAAGCCGACUUCGGUGAACUACCUUGGCAAGCCAUCGUUUUCUUCUCCAACUACACUUUCAAGUGUGGAGCUACUCUCAUCAGUGACAAAUAUCUAUUGACCGUCGCACACUGUGUCAAGGGGCUUAAGCCCUAUGACGUGCGCAUUCGUCUCGGGGAAUGGCAAGUGAACACAUUCACUGAGCCAUAUCCCUAUCAAGACGUGGAAGUCUCGAAAAUUAUUGUGCAUCCGGAAUACACUGAUGGAUCCCACUGGAAUAACAUCGCUAUUCUAGAGUUGGCAACUCCGGUGAAAUUAGAAUACAACAUCAACAACGUGUGCUUACCUUUCGGUAGCGGACCCAUACCAGCGGGAACGCGAUGCCUCGUUUCAGGUUGGGGAAAAGAUUCCUUCGCAGGAAACUACCAGCAUAUCUUGAAGAAGAUCGAUGUACCAUUAGUGGAUCACCACCGAUGCCAGGAGCUCUUGAGAUACACUCGUCUUGGAAAGUACUUCCGACUGCACGACAGCUACCGAUGUGCGGGCGGUGAAUACGGCAAGGAUGCUUGUGUGGGUGACGGUGGAGGGCCUCUUAUCUGCUUCGACGAGGGAUCCAAAAGCUACGUAGCCGUCGGCCUAACUGCCUGGGGCAUAGGCUGUGGAGAGAAGGACGUGCCUGGCGCCUACACUGACCUCGCUAAGUUCACUCCCUGGAUCGCGAGCGUCACAGGACUCGGCCACUCCGAGAACAUCAAUGUUGGCUACGGCAAGUAAUUACAGUGCAUCAAAUUUCACUCUUAUGUCUACUGGAGUAUUUUUUUCAGUCAAAAUUAGUUGAACGUUCUCGUAGUAUUCAUGUCAAUCACUGUUACUACUUUCAGUUCUUUCGAUUGUAAUAGAUUAUUACUAAAUGUUAAAUUGCAA